AUGGCGGGCCCGGUGGGGGCAGCUGCUGUCCACGGAUGCACCUCAGGCCCCUUUCUGUGCCCUCCCCCAGGGCCCAGCUGGGCGCUCACGGCCAUCGCUGUGGCUGCCGGCGUCCUCACCGUGUCCUGCCUCCUCUGUGUCGCCUGUUGCUGCUGCUGCCAUCUCCGCAGACAGGGCUGCAGGAAGAAGCCCAGGGGCCAGGAGGCUGUGGGCCUGGGCGGCCCUCAGGGCACCACCAGCAUCCACCUGGUGCAACCGGACCUGGAGAGCUCGGAGUCUGCCCCCGGGGGCCCCCAGCACUGGGGACGCCUGCUGCUCUCCCUGGGGUAUGACUUUGGAAGCCAGGAGAUCCAGGUGGGCCUCAAGCAGGCCGCAGACCUGAGGGCCGGGGGCCAGGGCGGCACGGCAGACCCCUACGCCCGCGUCAGCCUCUCCACGGGGGCGGGGCACACGCACGAGACCAGGGUGCAUCGUGGCACGCUGUGCCCCACGUUCCACGAGACCUGCUGCUUCCACGUGCCGCAGCGCGAGCUGGCUCGGACCGCCCUGCGGGUGCAGGUGCUAAGCUUCAGGCGGUUCUCUGCCCACGAGCCGCUGGCUGAGCUCAGCCUGCCGCUGGGCACCGUGGACCCGCAGCACGUCCUAGAGCAGUGGUACCAGCUGGGCCCGCCGGGCACCGCCGAGCCCGAGCCCUCGGGUGAGCUGUGCCUCUCGCUCCGGUAUGUGCCCGGCUCGGGCCGGCUGACCAUCGUCGUGCUGGAGGCCCGAGGCCUGAGCCCGGGACUGGCAGACCCCUACGUGAAGGUCCAGCUCAUGCUGAACCAGAGGAAGUGGAGGAAGAGAAAGACCUCGGCUCGGAAGGGCACGGCCACCCCCUACUUCAACGAGGCCUUCACCUUCCUCGUGCCUUUCAGCCAGGUCCAGAGCGUGGAUCUGGUGCUGGCCGUCUGGGCCCGGGGCCCGCAGUUCCGGGCCGAGCCCGUGGGCAAGGUGCUGCUGGGCGCGCGGGCCUCGGGUCAGGCCCUGCAGCACUGGGCCGACAUGCUGGCCCACGCCCGGCGGCCUGUUGCCCAGUGGCACCGCCUGCGGCCCGCCGGGGAGGUGGACGGCGCCCUGGCCCUGAAGCCCCGCCUGCACCUGCCCUUGCCUGGCUCCUGAAAGUGCCCUCGGGCCUCGGCCUCCCAGGCUGCGGUGUGGGCGCCUGUCCAAGCCGCCCCACGGGACCACUAAUAAACGCCUCCUC